CCGUUGCUACGCGACGGCCGCCGCAGCCGGGCCCGUUGCCGCCAUGGCGUCCCUCCGGGCCGCCAGCCCCGAGCUCCGAGAUUACUUCAGCCGCCACAACCUCCUCGGCGUCUACGAGGUGCUGCUUUGUGGUAUAAUUGUUAUUCAUCCAGAAGAUCCACUUACAUUUUUAGAAGAAAAGCUCAGAGAAAUAAUGGAAAAGGGAUUAGAUGCUGUCUUAUGGUCUAUGUGUAUUGAUCUGUCUUUACACCCAAAAUUAAAGAAGAUUUCAGAAACUUACCUGAACACUCUUUUCGGACUAGAUGGUGAACAACUGGUGACUGAAGAAUUAUGUGCCAAAGCAUGGGACUUUUACAGCAGAAACUUAAUGAAGCUGUAUUUUGGAGGAUGGAUAAAAUACAAUCUGCUGAGAAAGGACAAGAGAAAAAAGGCAAAGCAGAAGAUGGAUCUAGCAGUCAUCCAUUAUAAUGUCCAAAUAUUAAGAGUAAUUAUACAGAAGUGGAGCAUGUGGGUGCAGAUUCAUAAGGAAAAAAUUACAUUGGCAGCGAAGAGACUGCAACAGAUCUUUAACAAAAUGUAUUUAAAUGCCGUUAUGAAAGCUUGGCAUGCAGAGGCCCUCAAUUCUUUGAAAACCAAAGCAUAUUUUGAGAGUUUGGCAAAGGAAAGUGAGAAAGGCUUUUGUGAAUCAAAUGAUCUUACUGUCAGACAUAAGACAUCCCAUUUACGAGAAGAGGCUUUGUUACAGGUUUUCCGUUAUGUAAAUUUAGUUGAUCUGGCAAGAUGUGCUCAGGUUAGCCAAACAUGGAUGCUACUAACUCAGAACAGUUCAUUAUGGAGUGAUAUAAAUUUUUCAUCAGUAAAGCAUAAAGUUCAGGACCAAAUAGCAGUAAAUAUUUUGCAGAAGUGGCGUCCAUAUGUAUUGCGGUUGAAUCUGAGAGGUUGCUAUUCUCUUCACUGGCCUAGCUUUAAAAGUAUCAGUGAAUGUAGGAAUUUGCAAGACUUAAAUCUCUCGGAAUGCCAGGGAUUAAAUGACGAAUCAAUGAGACUCAUAUCAGGAGGUUGCAGAGCUCUUCUCUAUUUAAAUUUGUCAUAUACAGAUAUUACUAAUGGAACACUACGACUAUUGUCAAGCUUCCCCAAUUUACAGUAUCUGAGCUUAGCUCACUGCAGAAAAUUCACAGACAAAGGUUUACUGUACCUGGGCUCUGGAAAAGGCUGUCACAAGCUCAUCUAUUUGGACCUUUCAGGUUGCAUUCAGAUUUCAGUUGAUGGCUUCAGAAAUAUUGCCAAUGGCUGCAGUGGGAUUCAAGAUUUGCUAAUCAACAAAAUGCCAACUCUUACAGACAGAUGUAUUCAAGCUCUGGUUGAAAAAUGCCAACAGAUAAUGUCUGUUGUCUUUCUUGACUCUCCACAUCUUUCUGAUACAACUUUUAAAGCCCUUGCUGAAUGUAAACUUGUCAAGGUCAGCAUUGAAGGGAAUAACCAAAUUACUGAUUUAAGUUUCAAGUUGAUGGGUAAAUGCUGCCCAUACCUCAGGCACAUUCAUAUGGCUGAUUGCCAGAAGAUUACAGAUGCUGGUCUUAAGAUGAUUUCACCAUUGAAGCAUAUUCAUGUACUGAAUGUAGCAGACUGCGUAAGAAUCAGUGAUGGAGGUAUAAGGCCAUUUGUACAAGGUUCUUCAGGAGCUAAGCUAAGAGAGCUGAAUCUGACUAAUUGUGUUCAUGUCACCGAUGCUUCUGUCACAGAAAUAGCACAAAGAUGUCAUGAAUUGACCUACCUAAAUCUGCGUCACUGUGAAAAUGUGACUGAUGCUGGAAUUGAAGCCUUGGGAAAUAUGUCGUCAUUGAUAUCUGUCGAUAUCUCUGGAACCAGCAUCUCAGAUACGGGCUUGAGAGCCCUUGGCCGCCAUGGAAGAAUAAAGGAACUUUCUAUAUCAGAAUGCAAAACCAUCAGUGAUACUGGGAUUCAGGAGUUCUGCAAGGGCACAAAACCCCUGGAAUACUGCCACGUCUCUUACUGCCCUCAGCUGACGGAUGAAGCUGUGAAAGCAAUGGCAUUUCACUGCCACACACUGACAUCUGUCAACAUAGCGGGUUGCCCAAAGCUAACUGAUACCUCUAUCCAGUACCUGGCUGCAGCCUGCCGUUAUCUCCACUUUUUGGAUGUCUCAGGUUGCAUUCGUCUUACUGACAAAGCACUGAAAUAUCUUUGGAAAGGUUGUAAGCAGCUCCAGAUUCUCAAGAUGUUGUACUGUAGAAAUAUUACCAAACAAGCUGUCUUGAAAUACACAGCCAAACUGGAGAAACAAGAACAUAAUGACGCUGACCCUCCUUCCUGGCUUGGAUAUGACCAGGAUGGUAACAUACUCCCUUCAUCAAAAAACACACAUCAGAGCCUGAAUAAACAAAUUCUUCAAAAAUAA